GUCAGGUCAAAGACUUUAAUUUGUUAAUUUUAUUUGUUUGAUUAGUAGCUUUCGUUUCCUUGUGGGUAUGCGUACCCAAAGUUUCCAAAUAUCCCAGGUCAAUAAUCAAAAUGGAGAAGAAGAUCAAGAACAACAACUACCUGUUACCACUACUUCUCCUGUCCCUCUUCUUCCAAUUCCCACUCUCCGAUAAUACUUCUCACCCUCAUCAUUUUCACAAACACUUCGUCUUCAUCCACGGAUCCUGCCAUGGUGCAUGGUCCUGGUUCAAACUCCUUCCUCUCCUCCAAUCCUCCGGCCACCGCGUCACCGCCCUCGACUUGGCCGCCUCCGGAAUCGACCAUCGGAAUCCGGACUCUAUCCGAUCCAUUUCCCAGUACUUCCAGCCUCUGACUGACUUCAUGUCAGCUCUCCCUCAGCACCAAAAGGUGAUCCUCGUGGGGCAUAGCCUGGGAGGAUUGGCCGUGGCGAAAGCCAUGGAGGAGUUCCCGACGAGGAUUUCCGCCGCCGUUUUCGUCACCGCUACGAUGCCUGGGCCAGCUCUGAACAUAUCGACCAUUUAUGGGAAGGUAUUCGAGAGGAAUGAAUCAAUGAUGGACAGCGUUUACUCCUACGGAGAUGGCACGAAUCGGCCUCCCACUGCUUUCCUCUUUGGGCCGCGCUUUUUGGCUUCCAAAGUUUAUCAGCGCAGCCCACCUGAGGAUUUAACAUUGGCGACAUUGCUAAUGAGGCCAGUCCCAUUAUUCACUGAAAAAGACAUGUCCGACGUAUUGAAGCUGUCGGAGAGAAAUUACGGUUCCGUUAAACGAGUAUUCGUCAUGUCGGGAAUGGAUUUGGUUAGUAAUAAAGAAUUUCAACGAUGGAUGAUUGAGAACAACUCACCUGAUCGUGUGGUGGAGAUGGAAGGAUCAGAUCAUAUGGUGAUGAUGUCUAAGCCUUUCCAAUUGUGUGCUCAUCUUCAACUCCUUGCUCAAUACUAUCCUUAAUUAAAUUAGCCUUUUUAAUUAACCCAUCAAUCCCACAUCUCCUUUGCUUAUUGGGUGGGUUUAAUUUGUUGUUGCGCUUUUCUCUUAUGUAAAUUAAA